AUGCAUAUCAUAGAUUACAACAAAAUUGACGACCGUAACGCACAAAUCGACGACUGCAGUCUGUAUCGAAUUUCGCAUCAGUAUCCAAGAAUUCGUUUUCAUAGGAACACAAUGGCUACAAGCUCUGAAGAUCUGCGUGCGUUCAGUUAUUUGGUGGGAAUUGGUGUUACACAUUCAAUAGCACCACCAAUGCACGACUACACAGCACAAUCACUAGGGUUCAACUGGAAGUUUCUGGCUCAAGAAUGUCCGACUGUCGAUGAUGCAGUCUCUCUAUUCCGCAAACCAACUUUUGCUGGCGGGGUGGUGACGAUGCCGUACAAAUCGACAAUCAUGAAGCACCUCGAUGGUCUUGACGAGUAUGCUUUGAAGAUUGGCGCAUGCAACAACGUCUAUCGAGCAGCUGAUGGCUCAUUGCGAGGAACCAAUACCGAUUGGCGCGGUAUCAAAGGCUGCCUGUUGAGCGUGCCGACAGAGGGUAAUGGGAAAGUGGCCUUGAUUAUUGGUGCCGGAGGAGCAUCACGAGCUGCCCUGUUUGCUCUCCAUGACCAGCUCGGCUGUAACACCAUCUAUAUCGUCAACAGGGAUACCAGUGAAUACGAAAUGCUCUCCCAGGAUGCCCAGAUCUAUGGCGACAAGUUGAAGCUCAUACAUGUUCAGACGGUACAACAUGCCAAAGACUUGCAGGCGCCAGUUUACAUUGUAGGAACAGUGCCUGAUUUCGAACCAUCGAACCCUGCUGAAAUCGAGGUUCGCGACAUUGUGAACCAAUUUUUGACCAGCGAGACGAAAGGGUUGCUGUUAGACAUGUGUUUCAAACCAAGGCGAACAAGAUACAUCAAAUUGGCCGAGCAUCAUGGCUGGAAAACUGUAGAAGGUACGGAAAUAAUCGGACACCAGGUCCCCGAGCAGUACCGACUUUGGUGCGGUGAGGAUAGUUCCCGUCGGAUUGACAUGAAUAUGGUAUGGAAGGUCCUCCGCCAGGCUGCGGAUGACAGCAAGGCAAUCAACUUUUAG